UUAUUAUUAUUAAAAAAAAUAAUAGCAUUAAAAUAUUUUUUCCUUACGGCUUAGGCUCUUGUCUCUUACAGUUUUUAGUUGGCUUGCUAUAGUCUCGAAGCGUUCCAUCAUUAUUUGUUGUAAUUUUAUUCUUUCACGUUGUUGAAUCAAUUUCGUGGACGAGUGUGGGUUGGAGCUGUUUGUUAUUGACAAACAAUGUCUUUCCACGACAGUAACAUGUCGCCAUCUUCGACAUUCUCAAUGGACGACGACGACAACAACAGUGUAAAAAUCGAAAACAAAGACUUAACUGACUCCGAAGACGAAGGGAAAGAAAACCGUGAGAAACACACUGAAAUACAAGAGCAAGUUUAUCAAGACAAAUUGGCUAGUAUCCAAAAGCAAUUACAACAGUUGCGCGAUGGGACGCACGUGGAAUAUGUAAAACAAUUGAAAAAAUUAGAUGCCCAACAUAAAAAUGAACUAAUGAUGAACAAUUUGUGGCGUGACUGCUUGCUUGAAGCUAUUGAAAGAGAAUUUAUUAGAGAACGGCGUCUAGCUCACAAAGAGUUUGAAGAUCGUAAUUCUGAACUCACUGAAACUCUGAUAUCAGAAUUAAAUGAGAGGAAAAAAGCUAUAGAACAUGAAAAUUUAAAUGUGGAACUUUCUCCAGAUUUGUCAGAUCAAAAACCUGCUAUGACAAGAAAACUGAGAAGAAGACCAAAUGAUCCAGUAGUGCCAGCGCCUCAAGAAAAACGCCGCAAGCCACCACCAGUAUCAAAUAUUUAUUAUUUGUUGCAAGAUCAUGAAAUUGAACAUGAUGUUAAGCUUAUUCAAGAGUCUUUGGCUUCAAUACCGUCUACUUCUACCACAACAACUCCUACAGUAAAAACACGUGAUACAGUUAAUUCUUCAUCUAUUAGGAAACCUGGGUUUCUUCCAAGUACAAGUUCCUCAACUGCAGGUAAUAUGAGUCCUAAAAAAUGUCAGAAUUCAGACACUGAGGGGGGAUCAUCAGCCAUACCAGAUACGCGAAUUGAGGAUGGAAAACUACUGUUUGAAAAGAGAUGGUAUCAUCGAGGACAACCUGUUUUUGUCGAAGGAAGGCAAAUGGCAAAAUUCCCAGCUGUUAUCUCUGCCAUUGGCAACGAAACUAUUUGGGUAAAGAAAACAUCAGACAACAGUAAAUUUCGUAUUAACCUGUCUUACCUAUCAAAAGGUAAAAUGUCAAUCAAACGUCGAGCUGCUGUUUAAACAACUACUUAUAUUUAUUCAGAUGUUAUGUUCUAUGUAUAUA